AUGGUUCGUUGGUAUCCCCCUCCAUUGGAUACCUUCAAACUUAACUUUGAUGGUUCUUGUAAAUCUUCUUCAGCAGCAGCAGGAAUCAUUAUCAGAGACAACAUUGGUCAACCUAUUACGGCCUAUACCUACAAUCUUGGUCAUUCUCAAGCCUUUAUGGCCGAAGCUAGUGAUCUUCACAAAGGUAUCCAAGAAGCCAAGCGACUCAAUAUCAGAAGACUAUACAUUGAAGGUGACAACCUUCUCAUCAUCAACUCAGUUAAAGGAAUAUGGUCAACUCCGUGGAAGCUUCACAACAUCAUCAAUGACAUAAAAAGUCUCCUCCUCACUUUCGACAUAUGGGAAAUUAAGCAUAUUUUCAGAGAAACAAAUAGAGCAGCCGACUGA